AUGGAGUCCAGCCUUGCCAGCAUCGGAACCUUCAGCGGCCAGGCUCUUCAAGGAGUCAACCAGCUCCACGCGUUCUUCAAAGACGUCUCUCUCGCGCGGCAAAGGACCGCUGAUCUGCUGGAUGAAUUGCAAUUUCUUGCAUUCACGCUCACAGAUAUUCAACGGCUUGUCGCCAGACUCGAGCAGGCAUCAAAUGAUAGCGGAAAUCUACACACUGCCUUGUAUAAGACCGUUUCCAAUAUUUCGACCCUGAAGUCUCGGCUGAAAACAUGUGCGAUGGAAGUCACAGCAUGGGUGCAGGUGACCACGGACUCGGAUCCAAGCUCGGAGAACGGUGUCUGGGCGUUCUUCAAAAAGGUGAAGGUAGCUGUUAACAAGAGUGGCUUUGAGGAGAUGGGGAGAAAGAUAUCGGGUCAUCGACAGCGCCUUGGCCUUAGCCUGUCUGUCCUGGGCAGAUGGAUGGAUCAAGUUGGCUUCACACGCGUCGCUGAAUUAUCAGCCAAGUUCGAUGGGCUAACUGACGCCCACUUGAAGUUGAACGACAGCAUCAACAAACAGAUUGCGGUUUCCGCCGAAGAUCGGCCUCAUGAGGCGGCCAUCUCGGAAGCCAUUGGCAGCCAACUUCGACCCUUGGAGACCUCGAUUGAAGAUCAUUUCGACCGGAUGAGUUCGAAUCAUUCUGAGAGUCAGCAGAGCAUCCACAGUCUCUCUCACAGCAUAUCGAGUCUUGCGUCGCAAAUGUCGCAACUCCUUGAGAUGGCUAACGUCUCUGACGUCAGUCAAAAGCAUUCAGUGAAAGCCCCUGGGAUUACGAAUGCCAAAAUUGCCGAGACUGAAGAUGAAUGGUGUUGCGACUCGAUCUCAGGAAUAGACGGCGGCUUUAUUGAAACUGGGAAUGCCAAAUAUUCGUGCAUAUACUGCUUUUCCGUGUUUCAAUGGGGACCAGAAAACUCUCACGAGAGAGGCAGACACCUUGCGGAAGCUCAUUCAUUCGGAAAGUGCAAUCUUAUGAUCACAUAUCAAAGCUGGGAUGAGUUGAUGCUACAUCUCGACACAUUUCACGCGGCGAAAAGGAUCCAUUGGGCUGAUGAUCUCUUUUGCAGGAAAAGGAAACCUCUACCUCUGCUUCGUGACCAGCAUUUCAGCGAUGAACACCCUUCAGAGGCCGUUGAGAGAUCUUCUGAAGGCAAAAUCAUUCGAGCUUGCUUGAAUAUGGCUCUAGCUGAGUGUGGCCUGCCAGAACCUUCCGACUAUCUAGCGUAUAGCUUGGAACCAUGCGAAAUUUACGGAUCUUACUGGUACCGCACGGCAGGAAACACUCAGAACGACGCACGAUAUAAAAUAGGAUGUCUAUUAGAGGAGCUAUUUGUAUCUGGCAACGACGGGUAUUUCGACAAUACGCACGCACUGGAAUCACUGAUUAUAAGCAAAAUAAAAAAUGAAGUGUGUAAGGAUGCCCCUCAUCAAGAUGGAUUCACGCAGAGAAAGAGAAUCAACGCUUGGUUUUUGCAAAGCCUUACGAAGUCACUUCCAUUGAGGUUGCUCCUCGCGUCCGGGAAAGUGACCGCCGAUUUGACACCAGCCACUUCUCCAAACUGGCUGAUUCCGAUCCUUGCUGUCUGGAACAUCGACGAAGCGGCCACCGGCGCCGAGCAGCUAUGCGAACUUUCCGAUGGUGCGGUCGACAGUCGGGAUGACCUCAAACCUGACCCUGACUUUGAUGUUCAGCUUGCCAGCGAUGACCAAAACAACGCUGAAGAGGUCACUUCGGCUCGCAACCACUUGCUCCUCACUCAGAAGCUUAUAGAUUGGAGCCCGACUCUCUCGGCGAUUCCCGAUUUCCCUUCUCUAAGAUCAGGUACGAUUGGGGAAGAUGACCGCAUUUUUCAUCCUUUAGUUUCGAAAUAUUUAAUCAAAAUGGCGGAUAGCGAUUUCCUUGAGGAGCGGCUGGAUAGGUUUCUACAUUCGAAGAAAGCACUCGAAAGGAAGCGCCAACGGCGUGAGCGAUUUAAUCAAUCCCUUGAGCCGGAAGAAAAAGCUUGGCUGGAGAGGUCCGACGCUGAACAGAACGAAAUAUCAAUGAUGCUACAAGAAGCAAAAGGGAAACUUGAAGAAUUGAGAGAACAAUGUCUAGCUGCUGGGUUAGUAGAUGAGAUCGGUCGGGCGAUAGAUUAUUCAAGCAAAAGAGAACGUUAG